AUGGGAAUCGACCCUGUGACGCAUCAACCUCUUAACCAAGAACCUGAUAAAACCGAUAAUCUCAAAAACAUUUCCUCUACUUCAGAUGAUAUCUCAGUGGAACCAAAGACCACCAAAAACGUAGAGACAGAUGGCACAACUACAGAAGACGAAAACAGCAGCACGGUUACUGAUCAAAACAGUUCCAUGGAUAAUGAAAAUCAUCUACUUAGUAACAUUUAUAAUAAUGAAGAACUGUUUAGUUACUUAUGGUCCGAGGAAACUACUAAAGCUGAUGCCUCGUGGAGUGAUAGUAACUAUGGCGUUGGUGGAACACUAUAUCAUGACAUUAGUAUUUCCGGCGGAGCAGAUUUUCCGAUAUGGUCACCGGAAGGAAUCAACGGUAGCGACUGGAUGUUUUUGGAUUAUUGCCAAGACUUUGGUGUUCAUGAUUUUGGGUUUUGA